UGUUCAAGUGAAGCAGCCGCAACAUAAGUCCCAGAUUCCGCAGCAGCAUCAGCAGUUACAGCAGUUGUAUCCAGUUGUGUUAAGUGAAUUCCUUAUCGGGUCAGGUGUAAACUAGUGCGAAAAUGUCGCAAUCCGAUAACGCGGCACGUGAGCAAACUGCGGCAAUUGCUGUGCCGGAGGCAUGUCAAGGCUGCCGCGGCCAGUUGCCACGUGCCACGCCCGUGGAAGUGGAGGACAUGGCUACCCCGUCGCUGGAGAGGCUCAUUCGAAAGGCCAACAUGGCCCAGAAAAUGCUGAACGAUGUGAUGAAGCAGAUCCAGCAGCAGCAGCAACAGGAAUCUCAGCUCUCCACCAAGGAGAGCAGAUCCAAGCACCGCAGCUCCGAUGGAGGUAAACGACGACACAGGGGACGCAAACAUGGUCAUCACACUAGCUCAUCUUCCAGUUCUAGUUCUGGCCAUAGCGACUGCGAGCUGAUCCUGGCGGAGCAGGAGGAGCACAUGCCCAGGAGGAGCAGACACAUCCGGGAUGAUCGCAAGCGGGAUCGCUCCAGGUCUCGCGGUCGUUCCCGUGGUCACUCUCGCGGCCGUUCUCAUGGGCGUUCUCGUUCCAGGUCCUACACCGAUUCCCGACGAUCCCGAGCAUUGCCCCUGGCUCUGCCCGUUCGGAUUUCCGUGUGAGUAUCUGGCUGCAUUCAGUAUUACCCACUAUCCAUUAUCCAUUUUUAAAGUUAAGUGUGCACGAAAAAAAAACCCAAAAAAAAUUAUAAAUAAAUAAAAUA